AGCUUAUUUGCUGUUCUCGCUCCUAUGGCAACCCAAUAGAUCAUCAUCAUGAAUAUUCACCUCCUCACCAGAAAGCUCAGGACGUUAGAUCAGUGAUGUCAGCGCCUCUCGGAUGCUGAUGUUGGUUACAUGUUUGCUUUACUUUGUUUGUUAUUGACAGCAGAUAGCGAUCUUUGCGCAGGGAAGGAAAGCAUGCCUCGUUAUUCAUGACCUCCGCGUCUCCCUCCACUCCAUCCGUCGGGUCGCCACUUCCCUCUCAUGUCAUGCCGAGGUUGCUUCCAGCUUUUUUCAUGACUUUGUGGUCGCCGGAUCAGAGCAAUACAGUGCCUUGCAACAGGAGUGUUAUGGUGAAACGGGAUAGCCUGUCACCCCUGCGCGAAGAGGCUUAUUUUAACUGUCAGGUAAUGUUCCAGAUGAUCCUCCUGCCCAGGCAUCACAGGCAAAGCAGCCUGUAUCAGUGUAUGGCUCGCAUGGUUCUACACUAGCUCUAAAACGAGUCUGUUCAGUCACAUUUAGGGAGCUGUGGGAUUCGUGGCAAAAUCACAACAAUAACAGUCCGAUUCUGGAUUUAUUUUUACAUUUUGUAGUAUAUUGAUCAUCUCGUUGUUUCAAUGUCAUAAUGGACAGGUUGCAUUCCUCCAUGCGUAAAAGGCUCUACAGCUUGCCACAGCACAUUGGACAGAAAGCUUCGAUCAUGGGUGAUGGGGAAGACGGCGACAAGGACACCCGGAGGAAGAGCAUCAGGAUGAAGCCCCUGCCAUCACCGACCUCUGGGGGAAGCUUCAAAGGCAUCGGAGAGACCAAAAGCGGAGAUUCGGUGAUCAUGGAAACGGACAUCGGGAGACCCAUGAAGACCAGCUCAAACGGGGAUUGCAGGAGGUUCCGAGGCAGCCUGUCGUCCAUCACCAGUCGGCAUGUCCACGACCCAGACUCGGCGGAGGAGAGGCGCCUCAUCACUGAAGGAGAUGUCACCCCGAGUGAGGAGAGUCCCCCUGGAGCGAUUGGUGGCGGAGCGGACCAAGGUGCGCAAGGCUGUGGAGCUGGAAACAGCAGCGGCGUAGCCCAGCACGCCUCUCCCGAUCAGCAGGCGGGGUUCAUAAAGUUGGAUUGUAUUGAGCAAAUUUUACCGGAUGACGAAAGAUAUUAUCAAGCGGGGUUCAUGCACAGACAGUUUGGGGCACUGCUGCAACCUGGGGUCAACAAGUUCUCUCUACGGAUGUUUGGGAGUGAAAAGGCUGUCGAAAGGGAACAGGAGCGGGUUAAAUCCGCCGGAUUUUGGAUAAUUCAUCCAUACAGUGAUUUCAGGUUCUACUGGGACCUCACCAUGCUGCUGCUGAUGGUGGGCAACCUGAUCAUCAUCCCCGUUGGCAUCACCUUCUUCAAGGACGAGCACACGCCGCCGUGGAUCGUCUUCAACGUGGUCUCGGACACCUUCUUCCUCAUGGACCUGGUGCUCAACUUCCGCACGGGCAUCGUCAAGGAGGACAACACGGAGAUCAUCCUGGACCCGCAGCAGAUCAAGAUCAAGUACCUGCGCAGCUGGUUCGUGGUGGACUUCAUCUCCUCCAUCCCCGUCGACUACAUCUUCCUCAUCGUCGAGACGCGCAUCGACUCCGACUUCUACAAGACGGCGCGCGCCCUCCGCAUCGUUCGCUUCACCAAGAUCCUCAGCUUGCUCCGGCUGCUGAGGCUGUCCCGCCUCAUACGCUAUAUCCACCAAUGGGAGGAGAUCUUCCACAUGACCUACGACCUGGCGAGCGCCAUGGUGCGGAUCGUGAACCUGAUUGGCAUGAUGCUGCUCCUGUGCCACUGGGACGGAUGCCUCCAGUUCCUCGUGCCCAUGCUGCAGGACUUCCCAGCCGACUGCUGGGUCUCCAAAAACAAGAUGGUGAACGACACGUGGGGGCAGCAGUACUCGUACGCCCUCUUUAAGGCCAUGAGCCACAUGCUGUGCAUCGGAUACGGCAUGUACCCGCCGGUGGGCAUGACGGACGUGUGGCUGACCAUCCUCAGCAUGAUCGUGGGUGCCACCUGCUACGCCAUGUUUGUGGGUCACGCCACCGCGCUCAUCCAGUCCCUCGACUCCUCACGCAGGCAGUACCAGGAGAAGUACAAGCAGGUGGAACAGUACAUGUCCUUCCAUAAGCUUCCGGCGGACAUGAGACAGCGUAUCCAUGACUACUACGAACACCGCUACCAGGGCAAGAUGUUUGAUGAGGAGAGCAUCCUGGGAGAACUGAAUGAGCCCCUGAGGGAGGAGAUCAUCAAUUUUAACUGUCGGAAGUUGGUGGCCUCGAUGCCUCUGUUUGCCAACGCGGACCCCAACUUCGUGACCUCUAUGCUGACCAAACUGCGCUUCGAGGUCUUCCAGCCGGGGGAUUACAUCAUCCGAGAGGGCACCAUCGGCAAGAAGAUGUACUUCAUCCAGCACGGGGUCGUCAGCGUGCUCACCAAAGGCAACAAGGAGACCAAACUCUCAGACGGGUCCUACUUCGGAGAGAUCUGUCUGCUGACGCGGGGCCGUAGGACAGCCAGUGUGAGAGCGGACACGUACUGCAGGCUGUACUCUCUCUCUGUGGACAACUUCAACGAGGUGCUGGAGGAGUACCCCAUGAUGAGGAGAGCCUUCGAGACCGUAGCGCUCGACCGGCUGGACCGCAUAGGCAAGAAGAACUCGGUACUUCAGCACAAGGUGCAGCAUGACCUCAGCUCGGGCGCCUUCAACUACCAGGAGAACGAGAUCAUCCAGCAGAUCGUCCAGCACGACCGCGACAUGGCCCACUGCGCCCACCUCAUGCCCCCCGGCGCCACCCCCCCGUCCCCCACCUCCGUCAUCUGGGCUCCCCUCAUCCAGGCGCCCCUGCAGGCGGCCGCGGCGACCACCUCCGUCGCCCUGGCGCUGACGCACCACCCCUGCCUCCCCGGCGCCCUCUUCCGCCCCCCGGUGUCCGUGCUGGGCUCCGCCAGGGAGCAGUCGGCGCGCUUCAAGAGGCUGCACACCAUGGUGCCCACGCCGUCCGUCACCUCGGCAUCAGGGGCGGGGCACUCACCACCGGGCAACUCACCGCCUACCACCCCCCCGCCAAGGACUCCGGCCCCGUCACUCCCCGGGAUCGACACGCCGCUGCUGGCCGCCUUCCGGGCGCAUCACAUGACCUCGGCUCCAGGAGCGAGCGGCGGGGCGGCGGGAGAAGGAGGAGGAGGGGGUGCUGGAGGAGGGGGUGCUGGAGCCUCAGGGUUGGGGGGUUGGGGGCCAGGACAUCCGGCGUCAUCAUCCAGCACGGCACAGGGGGCUCAGGGGGGCCCGUACAGCGCGGGGCCGGGGGCCGGCGGGGGCUCCAGAAGCUGCGCUGGGGCUUCGGCGUUCCCCUUUGGACCCUUCUCCUCGUCUGGAUCCCCGUCCUCCAGCACCGCACAGCUCCACCCCCCUCCACCCCCCCAGCAGCAGCAGCGCCCCCCCCCCAGCAGCACACCUCCCCUCAGCACGGGCCUCUUCCAGCAGGCGGGGGCCACAGGAGGCGCGGUUGGGGGGUUGGGACUCGGGGUAGGGGUUGGUGGGGCUAUCGGUGGUGCGAUGGGGGGGUUGGGACUCGGGGUAGGGGUUGGUGGGGCUAUUGGUGGUGCGAUGGGGGCGUCUUCCGGUGCGCACUUUGGGGGUGUGAUUGGCAAUGGGUCCACAGGUGUUGGAUCAACAGGUGAAGGUGCGUUCUCCUCCUGCUCCUCCAAGUGCAGCCCCCUCUCCUCCGGUUCGUCCGGUCACCCCUCCAGUAGCGGCAGCAACAGCAGCACCCUCCACCCGCCCCACCACCCCUCCAUGGCCAUGACUCCAGCUCCAGCUCCUUCCAACCCUGCACAGGUGGGCUAUCAGCAGCAGCAGCAGCAGCAGCAGCAGCAGCAGCAGUAUUUCUCAGGUGGAUGCAGAACUCCCAGCGGCCUCAACCUCUUCCACACGCCCUCCCCCGGCUCGCCCUCCUCGGGGAGGAGUCAGGGAGGCGCGGCGGGCUCCCGACGCUCCUCCUCCUCCUCUUCCUCCCUGACGCUCACGCACCAGCACAGCCUGGGCUCCGCCUCUGCCCCCCCGGUGGCGUCUGUCCUGCCCUCGGGCUUCCUGCCCCAUCUGCCCCAUCUGUCCCACCUGCCCCUGUGCGAGCGCUCUGCCCUGGCCUCGCUGGCGCAGUACGGCUCGGCCAACGCCUCGCCCUGCCUGACGCCGCUGGCGCCCAGCCCCACCGGCCAGAGCCCCGUCACGGGCCGGACUUUCCACUUCAGCGACCCGUCCAGCGCACACGGCUCCCGCACCUCCCUCUUCAUUCCCCAAGUGCUGCCGUGCCCGGGUCCGCUGCCUGGCGGGCACUCUGUGGCCGCAGGCACGGUUGGCACGGUGGGCAUGGUCGGCGCAGUGGGCACGGUCGGCGCAGUCGGCACGGUCGGCAUGGCAACGGCGGUGGUGACGGCGCCAGGCAGGGAGUCUCCGCUGAGCCGCUUCUCGGAGGAGGUGAGACUAAUGUCUGGUUCGCGCUCCUCACUGGGCCAGGAGGGGGCGCACUCGCCUCCCCCGCCCCAACGCGCCCCCCCAGAGAUGGCCUAUGUCCUCUCGCCCUUCUCCUCACCCACACUGGUGCCCCGGCCCUGCGGCUCGCCAGCCGGCCACGUGACGCCGCCCUCGCAGACGGGGGUCCCUACGGGGGCCCUGAUUCAGACUCGCUCCUCGGGGGCGUCCUCCCCCGCCAUCCCUCCACGCAGGGACUCGUCCGCGGGCCCCCCCGAGUUCCAACCGCCCCGCUCCAAGCUCCCCUCCAACUUGUGAGGUUUUGUAUCACACCCUCCUGUUCCGUCUCAGACUCUCUGCAAAAAAACAAGACAAAAAAAAAAAUCACCAUGAUUCACGAUUAACAAUCUUCCUGCGUGAUGGUUUCAUUUCCCCUCAGUAGUUUACACUGUGUUCUACUCUUAACUCUUAUUUUCAUUUACAUUUGAAUAUCUUACUGUGAUUUACGAUUUAAUAACAAACAAAAAAAGAUAUGGCUCAACCAGAUAUCUUAGAUAUCUAGAUCACUCCUCUUUCUCUUCGGUUUGUCAUUGACCUGGCUUUUUGUAUUCAUAAAUGUACACGUAUCAAUAUAUAUAUUUAAAGAUAUGUUAAUCUCUUAAUAGGAGGGUGUGACUGUACACAAGAUGAAGUGGGACACUUGUUUUUUAAACUAUGCCAAAUUCAUCUGGAUGGGGUCUGGUCUAAUGGUGCAAUGGACAACAUGGUGGUGUGGUCUGCAGGAGCCUAUGCAUUCAAACCUGCAUGUCAACAACAACAACAACAACAACAACUCUUUUUAGCGCUGCAGCUCAUGAGAAACUCAACCUACCUUUUUAAGGAUUCCGAACAAAAGAAGAAAAAAAACAAAAAAACAAAAAAAAAACCACACCUGCUUGGACAAAGAGCAGAUCUCUAUGGUCAUCGAUCCACACCUGCUCGGACAAAGAGCAGAUCUCUAUGGUCAUCGAUCCACACAGGGCCACAUAUUGUUGACCCUUAAAUGUAUCCAAUUAGAUUGUACUUACCUGUUUACCCAUUGUAUACUCUUUUUUGCAAAACCUUCCAAGGUCAACAAGAGAUUUUAGGAAACCAAAAACACACUAUUUCCUCUGGAGUGACCAGUCGGCCACCUCUCAGUGGCCGUGUUUGAUAUUUUCUACUGUAGAACUGAAGUACUGAGGGGAAUGGGGGUUGGGGGAAGGGGGACCGACAGACCAGGGCAACAAGCAGAGAGCGAGAGAGAGAGAGAGAGAGAGAGAGAGAGAGAGAGAGAGAGAGUGAGUGUGUGUGUGUCAGUGAGUCGUUUGCUCACUCAGAACAGAUUCUUCAACAGAGUCUGAACGAAUUCACUUUGUCUUCCAAGUUCAUAUGGCAAAUGACGGACGAGAAGGACCACAGAGUCCUGCAGUCUGUGUGUGUAUGUGUAUGUGUGUGAGAGAGAGAGAGUGUAUGUGUGUGUGUGUAUGUGAGUGUGUGUGUGUGUGUGCCUGCCUUCUCUAAUAGCUUGAUGCAAGCAAAUAUCUUGCCUGACUGACUCAGAUUAGUUUUGCCUCUCCUGAACCCCCCAGUAAUGACCCCCCCCUUGGCCCACUGCUGCCCCAGUACUGUAGAGAAACACAUAUCAUAAUCCCACCAGAUGUGUCCGAGCCAGCCACAAAUCAACACUGAUUAAUGUCCCAUUAUGUAGCAGGACUGGAGAGGACUGAAGCCCAUACAGCCGCUGCAGAUGUGCACAGUACUUCAUAGCGCUUCAGUAAGCUUCAUAACGCUUCAUAACGCUUCAUAGCGGCUCCUUGAUCGCUGCAGAUGUGCACAGGAAGCUUCAUUUGUGCUUCAGUAAGCUUCGUUAUGCUUCAUAGCUGCUACUUGAUCGUUUUAGAUUGCCUUCGGAGACUGUGCUGAGUCGAACAAGAUGAAUGUACGGGCUCACACUGUUUGAUUGAAGUCGGAGACUCAGGUUUAGAUUGGGUUUGGAAAACGCUAUUAUUCACAGUUAAGAUAGGGCUCCCACUCUGCCAGAGGAUGUGUGUGUAGAGAGGACUGCAUGGGUGAUAGAUUGUGUGUGUGUUGGGAAGUGCUUGUGUGCGUGCGGUCAGUCGAGUGCAGUGCUACAGUUGUGCGUUUCGAAAGGUCAAAGGUCAGCACAGAGGGAAGGAGGAGUAUUCUUAGACCAUACUGUCACCUCAACUGUCACUCCUGUGCACGGGGCCUGCCUCUCAAUUUCACUGUGGGAAAGAUCACACAAGCAUACAAAUAGACACACACUCACACACACA